AUGGCCUUCUACCCGCUGCAGGUGGCGGGGCUGGUGCUGGGCGUCCUGGGCCUGGCCGGGGCUCUGGCCACCACCCUCCUGCCCCAGUGGCGCGUGUCCGCGUUCGUGGGCAGCAACAUCAUCGUCUUCGAGAGGAUCUGGGAAGGGCUGUGGAUGACCUGCGUGCGGCAGGCCCGGACCACCCUGCAGUGCAAGCUCUACAGCUCCCUGCUGGCCCUGCCCCCCGUGCUGGAGGCCGCCCGGGCCCUGAUGUGCGUGGCCGUGGCCCUCGCCCUCACGGCCCUGCUCGUGGGCAUCUGUGGCCUGAGGCAGGUCCAGUGCACGGGCUCCGACGAGAGGGCCAAGGCGUACCUCGUGGGGGCGUCCGGGGCCCUCCUCCUCCUCACGGGCCUCUUUGUCCUCAUCCCCGUGUCCUGGACGGCCCACAUCGUCAUCCGGGAUUUCCACGACCCCGCCGUCCACGUGGGGCAGAAGCGUGAGCUGGGGGCCGCGCUCUUCCUGGGCUGGGCCAGCACCGCCGUCCUCCUCGCGGGAGGGGCCCUGCUCUGUGGGUUCUGCUGCUGCAGCCGGAGGAAGCGAGGGCACCGGCCCCCGGCCCCCAGGCACCGCGUGCCUCACCGGGGGCCGCACGGGGACCCGGCCGUGCCCAGGAAGCCCUGCACCAGCUACGUCUAGGCCUGCGCGGCUCCAGCUGGAGGGGGGGCCGGGGGGCGGCCAGUGGGUUUGAUAAGGUCCUGCCGGGAACUGUAAGGACGUCGGGCGGAGGGCCCCCCUCACGGCUCCAUCCGAGCCGAGAUGGAGAGCGAAGGGCACACGGAGGGGCGGUCGCCUCCGGUGGGGACUGGACUCCGACCUCGCGCAGUGAGAGCGUUUCCCGCUGCUGGACUUGGUCUCUAUUCCCGUCUGUGUCGUCUACACGCAAGUAGGGCCCCAAUCGCAGGGAGGAGUGGACGCCCCGGGCUGGACAAUCAGUUAUCAUCACUAAGAAAGCGAACUGACAUCGCAUGCCUAAAGCCGAGCCACGAGGCGCCUAAAACACGCCGCGUCCCCUCCACGUGUCUCCCCCGACUCCCUCCACCCACAGCAACGCCCUCGCGCAGAACCAUCAGCCGGGAGAGGAACAGACAGGCAUUCGGGUUCUGAUGGAGUUUUUCAAGCUGUGGCCACGCCCGGCCCAGGGAAGUCUGUGUUCGUUCCUGGGGGACUCCAGGCGCAGCAGCGGGCACGUUAGGGGAAAAGGGGCUGUGACUCACCCUCGGGUGCGUAGGAUGAUUCUAGGGCAGUUAAUGUAUCCAGUUAGACUCGCUUAGAAUUACAGAAUCAAAAAACCCAUGUGUAAUUAAGAAAUAAUAUGCUUCCGUAACCUAUGAUUUUCACCUUAAGCAGACCUUCCUGUCUUUUUUUAAAUAUAUUUUUAUUGAUUUCAGAGGGAUAGAAACAUCAGUGAUGAGAGAAGAUCACUGAUCGGCUGCCUCCUGCACGACCCCCACUGGGGAUCCAGCCCUCAACCCGGGCCUGUGCCCCGACCGGGAAUCGAACCUGGGACCCUUCAGUCCGCGGGCCGAUGCUCCAUCCACCAAGCCCGCCGGCCGGGCCAGGCCUGUCAUCUGGAUGAGGCCUGGCCAUGGACGCAGCGAACACCGUUCUCCUCAUGGGGGAUGCGCCCCGAGCAGGGCCCUGGGGCCUGGAGGGGAAGGUCCAGUUCCUCGUUUGGUCCUUUAGUCACCGAACAGGCCGCCCCGCGGGGCGAAACCAAGUCUCGGGGUGAUGACUCAGGCCGGCCGGUCACGCACCCGCUCCCUCUCAGCUCCAGCAGGCACGCGGCCUGGCGAGGCCCUUGGUUCUGCGUGAAUGACACACACUGUGCUCUGUUCCCCGCCUCCGUGCGCAUGAGCCCGUGUCGGGGUGAGACGUGCAUGUUGGGGUGCGGCGGACGUGGGUGGAGGGGUUCGUGGGUCCCUUUGGAGUAGCUCCCCCGUGUGUGAGCCCAUCAGCAUUCCUCUCUCCCGUUCUGACCCUUCAGACAGUGUGUUUAUUUAGUAGAAAAAUGUGUUCCCUUUACUGCACCUCAUUGCAAUGACCAGACUGAAUGUAUUCACAGCGUGUCCAUCUGAUUAUAAUAAAACACGGCAGUCAUC